CUUGUAAAAUAUUAUUUAUUUCAAAAUGUAAUACGCAGAUAAAUCCCUUGAGAUGUACCAUCUCGUUUUUCAGGUGGUCCUCAGGCUCAAAACAUGAACAUUUACAAACAUUUAAACAAAAAACAACAAAAAAAUAAAAAAUACAUAUACACAGUAGAUUAAACAACCCAGCGAUACAAAACAAUCAACAUAGUAACAUCAACAAAGACAUUUACACACACAUAUUUACAUCACUCAGGUCAGCUGAUCUUCAGCUUUACAACAAACCAAAUGGACUUGCUCUGUAAAUCUUAAAACACAGGAAGUCAACUCACUUUAAAAUUGCCAAAGCUAAAAAGGGAAGUUGGUCUGUUGCAUUACAGUUCAGCUUAAUAAACUGAAAGAUUUCACUUGAAAUCACCAGUCAAAGGAUCUUACUGCUGCUCUGUUUUUGAUGUGGGCUUGUUGGGUGAUGAGAUUCAUGGCAGCCCUGUCUACAAAGAUGUUGACAGACAACAUGUUACUGAGUGUCUUCUUUCUUACAGGUGCUUUGGCUGCUUGUCCUGAUGAUUCACACCUCUUCAUUACUGCACCACUGGAGAUUGAAGCACUGAGUGGAUCUUGUUUGCAAAUCCCGUGUAACUUUAGUGGUCUACCGAGACAAGCAUUUGACAGCAGGAGAACAACCUUUGGAGUGUGGAUUAAAAAUGACCACAGAUUUAAAAGCUAUCCAAGAAAUGUGAUUUUCAACAGUAGUCAGACAGUUAACACCUAUCCAAUGAACAUUACUGGAAACCUGAGUCAGAACGACUGCACCACUCUGUUUUCCAGUUUAAACACAACAUAUACAGACAGAUACUUCUUCAGAAUUGAGAACGGACCAUUCAGCGAAACAGCUUUUUGUGAUCCUGUUCAAAUAACAGUCAAAGAUUCUCCUCCAAGCCCCAGAAUUAAAAUCUCAGGUGAGCUGAAGGAGAAGGAGUCUGUCACUAUAACCUGCUCAGCUUUCACUCCCUGUCCACACUCCCCUCCUAAACUCACCUGGAAUCUCCAACAAGACGCUCACAACAAAAUAGAGGAAAACGCAGAUCGAACCUUCUCGACUAAAAUCCAGACGACCAUCACUCUGUCUGACAAGCACGACGGAUACAACAUCACCUGUUCUUCCAGCUACUCUGUGAAUGAAGGACAAAAUGCUAAGUCAGCAAAGGAAAAAGUGACUCUCAGUGUUUCAUAUUCUCCCAAGGACACUGCGGUGGUCAUCAGUCCCACUAGUCCAGGGUCAGUUGGCAGCGUGGUGAACAUGACUUGCUUCUGCAGAGCAAACCCUCCUGUUGUUAACUUUACCUGGAUGAUGAUCAAUGAUGGCAGAUUGGAGCUGAUCAAAUAUGAUCAGCAGGUUUACAGCUUUAAUGUGACCAGCAGUGAUCGAGACAGGUUGUACUAUUGUGGAUGUCAAAAUUCAGUGGAUAUACAAUUCUCAUCUGGAUAUCAGUUCAUAUUUGAAGGAAAUGAACAGUCUGGGAAAUUGGUUGAUGUCCACAUUAUACUGAAGACUGUGGGAAUUGUGAUACUGGUCAGUACAGUGAUCAUCUUUGAGUGGUGGUUCAGAACAAGACGCUCCACCAAACCAGUGAAGGACACAGUAGAAGCAGUCUUUGUCAACGGGGUGAUGGAGUUGUCAUCAUGAGCCACGAGGAGAGGAAGACCACAUGUUCAUCAUCAG